ACAUGAAUAUCAAAAGACAAACGAAAAAGAGAUAGUCAAUUGUUUCUAGUUACCUAGCCAAUUUGUUUGUCAUUGAAGAAGUUAAAUCAUGGUAGCACAAAAAUAUUGAGUUUGCCAUGAAAGAAUAUUUGUGCUCUUUUCAAGGAAAAGCUAUAAAAUAUGUUCAAAGCAGAAUCAAUUAGUACACUAAGUGAUCAUGAAGAUGAUAUUGAUGAUUUGGAUGGCUCUAUUGUAUGGUCCCAAGAAGAACCACUUUCUUCCAAUGAAAUAUUAGAAUUAUCGGUCCAAGAUGAAAAAGAAGAUAGUUUAAUUACUUUCUGUCGAUUGUGUGCUGGUCAAACAAAUAAUCCAAUAUAUAUCUAUUCUGAACUCGGGGAAUCAAUGAAAUUGGCACAUAAAAUAAAUACGUGUUUAAGUGUCAAGAUUAGAAAGACAGAUCCAUUACCAAAACAGCUUUGUUUGACUUGUAUCGAGAAAGUAAAUUGUUACAACAGGUUUGACACACAAUGUAUUAAAGCAGAAGAAAUCCUCUUGACAAUGUUAAAGGAGAGACAAUCUUUCAAUGCUUUUAAUUAUCAAAAUCAAAUUUUAUCUGACCGACAAUCCUGUCCCUUAUGUAUAAAGGGUUAUAUGAACACAUGUGAAAACAUGUCCCAGCAGGUGAAAGAUAUAGAAUUAUACGAAAACGAUAUAAUCUUAGAAAGCAGCGACGAAGAAAAUAUAUUUAAUAAUGUAAAUAUCGAUAAGGAAAGUGGAAAUUGUUCUAUUAUGUUACAAUGCCUAGGAAAUAGGCAAAAAUACUUGAAAUGCGGCGCGUGCAUGAAUCUCUAUCACACCAAGGAGACUUUAGAUAAUCACAAGUGCAAGCCCAAUAUGCAAAGCACAACGAAGCCAUAUAAGUGUUUUACGUGUGACACGACGUUUAGUUUCGAGGAACGUUUAAACUUCCAUACGCAAUUUCACAGAGGUGCGAAAGCGUUGUAUUGCGAAAUCUGUAAAAUAACUUUUGGUAAAGAAUUGAAGCUAUUCUAUCACUAUAAGAGAUACCAUUCUAAGGAUAUUCACAUCUCGUGUUUGCAAUGUGGAAAAUUAUUCGAGAAUCAAGAGACGCUCCGUAUGCACAUUUGCAUGGACGGUAAGAAUCGGCCACACAUUUGCGAGGUGUGUAACAAAGGUUUUUCCGACGGUUACACUUUGAAGCGUCACAUAGUAACACAUCUACCCGAGAAGCCUUACAAAUGUUCGCAAUGUUCGAAGAGCUUUACACAAAAAUCGAGAUUAAAUAAGCAUGUUGCAAGUCACUGCAUCGUUAUUGAAAACAAUCAGACGGUCUGGAAAUGUGUUCAAUGCGGCGAAGUAUUUAUCUCUUGCGAUGAUGCCGAUGCUCAUUGCAAAGUACACGAGGAUAAGAUCACGUUAAUCGAAGAGUUAUCGAUAUCGAAAUUGUAUCAUUGCGAAUUCUGCAACAGUCAUUUUACCGAAAUGGACAACCUGAAAAUUCAUCAAAAUAGACACGUCGUCGAGAAGCCGUACAUGUGUAACAUGUGUAAAACUACAUAUAAAUCAUUCGCAGAGGCCAUCUUACAUUGGAAAGAACACCAAAGAUUGUUUAAAGUUUUCGUUGUCUUUCUAUGCGAUAUCUGCAACAAAGACAUGAAGGAAUUAUCUCUAUUGUAUAAACAUAAGCAAAAGAGGCAUGACUAUGUAGCCAGAUUAUCCGAGUCCGGCGAUGCAAAGUUCGUAUGUGAACUUUGCGGAAAUAUAUUCGACAGAAGCGAAGAUAUACAGGAUCAUGGGCGAGAUCAGUGUUCCAAAUUUCCCUGUGAUAUUUGCGGCAAUCUACUGCCCACGGCGAAUUCGUUGAAUGCUCACAAAAGGCGGCACAAUGGACUGCGACCGUAUGUCUGUAAUAUCUGUGGAAAGAGCUACACUCAGUCCAGUCACAUGUGGACUCAUAAGAGAUUCCACAUGGGCGUCAAACCUUACGCUUGCGAAUAUUGCGAUCAGCGUUUCACGAUAAAACCGGAUUUGGCGGAUCACACCAGGAAGAAACAUACGAGGGAGAGGCCGUUCAAAUGUGAUGUCUGUAAUAAAGCUUUUCUCACCGGGUCCGUAUUUUAUCAGCACAGAUUAAUACAUCGUGGUGAUCGUAGAUACAAGUGCCAUUACUGUGAAAAGGCUUUCACCAGAACGGAAGCUUUAAAUAAUCACAUUAAGAUACAUACCGGGGAAAAGCCUCACGCGUGCGACGUAUGCGGCAGAUGCUUCAGACAGAAAGGAGAUAUGAGGAAACAUAGACGCACUCAACAUAAUUCUAAGCAGGAUACAUCUUGAAACUUUUGUCACAUUUCAAAUGCAAUGUGAAUUAUUGCUUUCAUCAUUAUGCUUGUGUUUUAAUCAUUAUAAUGAUAAAUAACAAAUAUGUACAUAAUAAUCUAUUUGUGCAACAUCAUACUAUACUAUAAUAUAAUGGAUACAAAAUCACACAAAUUAUUAAUUUAUCUGUUUUAUAAUAAAUAAAAUAUUUCACGCACACAGAGAAAAAGAGAAAGAGAGACAGAAGAGAUUAUAAAAAAUAUAUAAAAAAAUACUAAAAUAUAUAAGACAACAUAAAAUAAAAAAGGGAAUGUAUAAGUCAGAUAUAAUGUAUUAUGAUAUAUGUAUUAUGAUAUAUAACAUUAAAAAACAAUUUAUGUAAUAUAAACAUAUAUUAUAAAAGAUAUACAAUAACUUUA